UGUAGGAGGACUGCGUGUAAAGAACGAUAAUGUAGCAAGAACGAUAAUGCAGGUAGAUAGAACAGGUGGACCCAGAACACAUGCCCACAUGUUUUCUUUCUCACAGUGUUUUUAACAAAACUAGGCCGCUUGUCUAAACCACAUACCGUUUAUUUGCUAAGCACUUCAGCACAACACCUGUGACCAUAUUGGGCUCAGCAUCAGUUGAGUAUCUGGGAAUGUAGUAAUCAACAACAAAGAACCCAUUACUGCGGUAGACAUGAGUUACAACAUGAAUACAUUUCUAUUAUCUCCCUAAUAAAUAGUGUGCAGCUCAGCAUAAAAUUAAAAAGUUCUAUUAAUCGUAAAUACAGCAUCACGCCACCCUGCCCUACCGGUAUCAUGUGAUUUUGACUGACAGAAGUUUUCUCGCCAUUCCAUUCAGAUGAUGAUCAAACAAACAACACUAAAACAACAAACAGCUGCAGAGGCUUCGACUGCCAGACGGGGUUUACUGUACAAAUAAUAGGUCAAACUUGCCAAAUUACUGAACCACUGUAUUAGUCUUAAUGACCCUCAUUUCUCGCUCACGCUUGUUGCCGUGGAUGGAAAUAGGAAAAUGUCAACAGACAGACUGAUAGUGUCAACGUUUGUGCUUUUGCUCCCAACGCCAUUGCAAUGGUGAACAAGGACAGGUCUUCGCUAAGUAUUCGUUACUUUAAGUGAGUUACUCACCGUAAACAACAGCCCAACAGUGGCGUCUGUAAAAGUGUUCUGGAGCUCCAAAGAAAACUUUGGCAGCAGGAUGACGAAGGCAACGGUGCUAGAGUUAGACGAAGUGAUUCGACGUCACGCCUGGGGCUUGCUGCGGAAACGGUCCAACUUCCUCCGCCGUCUUCUUUUGGACGAAAACGACUACAACUGUGAAAUUGACUGGACAGCCUUGACCUUUGAUCAUCACACUUCAAAGUUUGAGUUUAGACCAGAUGAGCGAACAUUUCACACCGACUUCGGCACCAUCAAAACCGGAACACGAUGGGUACCGCUGCAUGCAUGUGACUUCGAGAACAGGUCGGAUACAAAACAGUCACACACGUUCCGAGGCAACCGACAAACGACUACGUGGGUUGCCUGUGAGCUGUCCGAGUGUUACACCAUCGCCAACGCUGUGGAUGUUAGCCUUAACAUCCCAAACAAGUUCCUCCAUUUGCGAGCAGGUCGUGACACGAGUCUCAAGAUCUCCAAGGUGAAGGGCAACGUCAUCAAAGAGAUUCUCGAAUGGGAAGUUAACUCUCAGGUUGAGGUGAUGCCGUCGUGGCGAGCGCAUGCUCAGCUGCUGGCACGUGAGACCUGUUACAUCAUCGACUUCGAGGUGCGCACGACCUUGACCUUGCCCACUGGAGUACUGCCAGUCUUCUUCAAGCGGCGGUCAGACAACACUUUAGCAUUUGAGGUCAAAGUUGAGGACUUUGAAGAAGCCUUCAAAAGCGAGCAAGAGGGUGGAGCGCUGAAAGAACACGAGAGUCCACUGGUACACACCCUGAUGCAAACCACCAUUGACCAGGAGGGCAAAGGUCAGUCGUCCAGCAAGCUGCAGCUGCUGACCAGAGGCACCAGUGUGUGUGUCGCCUGGUCCGACCAGAAGGUGGACAUCAAGACCUUUCCUUUGUCGGUAUCGGACGGAGACGACAACGACGUGCAGUCCGACAACAAGUACUUGGCGCAGGUCUGACAGCUGACAAGUAAUUAUCUACAGUCUUGGGCUCGGAUUUAACAGUUGUGUCUUCAGCUCUUUCCCCUUGCCGAAUGGGCAUUCUGCUCAUGAACCACUUUUUUUUAAUUCAGUGAUGGAAACCGUACUUUGUGGUACUGGGUGUGUAAAGGUAAAAAAUGAAAACAGUAGCCGAAUAGCAAACUUUAAGUGGUUCAGCUUGUCAGUGUGCAGCAUGCAGACUUCUAAAGAAGGCACAAUAUAACCUUUUUUCACCAUCUUUUACUUACCCUUAUCAUUAAGCUACCCAUUACUGGGUGGACAAGGGUAGUUUGACCAGCUAUAUAGUGUGUAUGUUUUACUGUAUCCAAAUUAUUUCUUUCCAAAAAAAAAAAACCUUCAACAGUACCAUCACCGGAGAAUAUUUGGUAUUGACAAUUAUGUCGUGGUAACCUUUAAUUAAUCACUACUUACAUUUGUCUCAAAAUCGAAAUCUCAUAUACCUGUGGGUUAAACUCUGUAUGGUUGUAGAUUUAGUUUACUGCAGGGUUUUCAAAUAUAUCCUUUAUUCUGAAUAUUCAUUUUACAAAUUCGAUAAACUGUCAGUAACCUAAAA